AUGUCGGAGGAAAAGAGCUUCGAGGUCAAUGAGCGCCUCGCCAGCUCCUCUUCACCUUCCACCAGCGAUAAUGCCGCCGUCCCCGCUGCCGCCCCGGCCUCCGGCAAGGCCUCGUCCGUCACCUCCACCGAGGUCGACGCCGCCUGGCUGUUCCUCGACGAGCACCGCGACGUGCCCGGCGUCGACGCCGUUGACCUGAAGAAACUGCGCCGACGCAUCGAUUGGCGCAUCGUGCCCAUCAUGUUUGGCUGCUACACGAUGCAGUUCCUCGACAAGGUCAUCUACAACUAUGCUGCUGUCAUGGGCAUCAAAAAGGACCUGGACCUCACCGGCAACCGCUUCUCCAACGUCGCCACCUUUCUCUUUGUCGGUCUGCUCUGCUUUGAGAUUCCCAACAUCUACCUCCUGCAAAAGGUCCCGGCCGCCAAAUGGCUCGGUCUCAACGUCACCCUCUGGGGCGUCGCCACCGCCUGCGGCGCCGCCGCCCACAACUACCCUAGCAUCCUCGCCUCGCGCAUCUUCCUCGGCAUCUUCGAGGCCACCAUCGCGCCCUCGCUCGCCCUCAUCAGCAGCCAAUGGUACACCAAGUCCGAGCAGGCGCCGCGCUUCUCCUUCUGGUACCUCGGCCUCGGCUUCGGCCAGAUCAUCGGCGGCGUGCUCUCCUACGCCUUCCAGCACGUCGGCCCGACCGCCGCCCUCGCCGGCUGGCGCGUCAUGUUCGUCGUCCUCGGCUGCGUCACCGUCCUCAUCGGCCUCGCCGUCGUCGCCUUCAUCCCGGACACGCCCAUGCAGGCGCGCUGGAUGUCCGCCGCCGAAAAGGUCGCCCUGCUGCGCCACGUCAGCGUCAACCAGACGGGCAUCCGCAACAGCCGCUUCCGCCUCGCCGAACUGCUCGAGGGGUUGCUGGACGUGCAGAUCUGGCUGCAGAUUUUGAUCACGGUGCUCUUCUCCGUGUCCAGCGGCGUCAUCACCACCUACUCGGUCAUGCUCGUCGGGCAGAUCACGCACGACAACAAGAAGACGCCCGCGCAGAACUCGCAGCACGCGGCGCUCAUGAACACGCCCUCGGGCGCCGUGUCCAUCUUCUUCAUCCUGAUGAUCGGCUACGGCGUGCGCCGCAACUCGCACCGCUGGAUGUGGAUCCUCGCGUGCAUCCUGCCGGCCAUCCUCGGCGGCGCGCUGAUGUCCUUCCUGCCCAAGAGCAACCACGCGGGGCUGCUGGCCGGCGUGUACCUGGUCAACGCCGUGGUGGCGCCGAUGCCGAUGCAGUACAACUGGCUAAUGGCCAACGUCGCGGGCGCGACGAAGCGCGCGUACUCGGUGGCGGCGAUCAGCGCGGCGUUUUCCAUCGGCAAUAUUAUCGGCCCGCAGACGUUCCAGGCGCGCGACGCGCCGGACUACCGCCCGGCGAAGCUCGCGCUCGUCUUCACGCAGGCCGGCAGCGCGCUCGUGACGGUCGCGCUGUUCGGGUACUACGUGUGGGCGAACAAGCGCCGCGCGAGCCGCGCGCGCCAGACAGAGGACCAGUUCAUGGAAAAGGAGGCGUGGGCGCGGAUGACGGACAAGGAGAACCCGACGUUCCGUUACGAGUACUAA